GUCCCUGGAAGGCGGGGGCGGGCCAGGAGGAGCUGGGGCGGAGCUUCGCAAAGCCCGGAGUCAAAGCUUGGGGCGAGCCCUGGGCUCAGACACUUUCGGUUUCUCUGGCGGCCGUUCGUCUUUCCGUCGCCUGCGGGACUCCGCUGAAGGGGCCAGUGGCCCCUCGGGCCACCUUGCCCUACAGGCCCUUCUCCCCAAAGACGAGCUCCAGAACUCUCGCCCUCUUGCAACCGAAAGGAGCCCGGGAAUCCCAGACCCGACCCAGGCAGAUUGAGCUCUCCUACAAUAAGGAAAGGAGUUGAAAUGAAUUGAGAUUUCUGACCUGCGAGUCCUGGUGAAAAAUCCCCCUGAACGAUGGGUAUGACGUUCUCCCUGCUGGGCUCUCAGGAGGAGGAGAACAAGCUGAUCCCGCCCCACCACCCAGCCAUUGGCAGCAAGGCUGCCAGCUACUCCAGCACCGGUAGCAGGAAGUCUUUUUGUUCUGGUGUGCCUUGUGAAGGGGCUGCUGGUGCCAGCUUUGUGACUUGUCCCACCUGCCAGGGCAGUGGGGAGAUCCCUCGAGAGCUAGAGAAGCAGCUGGUGGCCCUCAUCCCCUAUGGGGACCAAAGGCUGAAGCCCAGGCACACGAAGCGCUCCGUGUUCCUGGCGGUGCUCAUCUGCCUGGUGACCUCCUCCCUCAUGGUCUUUUUCCUGUUUCCCCGGUCCAUUGCUGUGCAGCCUGCUGGCGUCAACUCCUCCACAGUGGCCUUUGACAAGGCUGAUGUCCAUAUCAACAUAACGAACAUCUUGAACAUCUCCAAUAGCAACUACUACCCCAUCACGGUGACACAGCUGACCAUCGAAGUGCUGCACCUGUCCCUCGUGGUGGGGCAGGUCUCGGAGAGCCUCCUCCUAAACAUUGGCCCUUUGGCCAGUGAACAGAUGUUUUAUGCAGUAGCCAACCGAAUAUGUGAUGAAAACACAUACAAAAUCUGUACCUGGCUGGAAGUCAGUGUCCACCAUGUGCUGCUGCACAUCCAGGGCACCCUGACCUGCUCCUACCUGAGCCAUUCAGAGCAGCUCGUCUUCCAGAGCUAUGAAUACGUGGACUGCCGGGGAAAUAAGUCAGUGCCCCACUUGCGGGGCCCUCACCCACCGUGACCUGUCUGCUGUCCUCGAACUCCAGGCACCUGCCAGCCUGGUCUGUAUCUCCCACAACUCCAUGGUGCCCAAGGAAGGACUGUGGUGACUUUGCCAGAGGAAAAGCCCUACUUUUCAUACCCUCCCCCACACCUCAGCACAGGAAGCUUUCUGUGGAAGUUAGCUUCAUACACACACACACACGCUCGCACCUUCUUGGAUUUCCACAGGAGCAGAAGCCUGGUUCUUCUAGGUGCUGGCGCCACAUUUUUCCCCUCGGGCGGUCUUGAGGAAAGUCUGACCGGACGUUUCCUCAGAGCUGCCUGAGAGGCCCUGGAGUGGCCCCUGCCCUUUCUGCGCUGAGCACCCUGGUUGCCCAGCUCCUCUGGGGCGACCUUCCUCCUGCCUGAAUGUGGAGACAGCUUUCAUCUUAUCUGGCUUUUAAAACAUGGAUCCUUUUCAAGUUCUGCACCCAAUGAUGGGCAAGUGAUUUGUGGGACAUCCAGUGCUGUCUCCGGGGCCUUUUAAAGGUCCAUGGAUGCUCUCCUGUGCCUCCCUGCUUUGGUUGUGUGACAAAGUAAUGGUGAUGGUCUGCUUCUCUCCUGGUAACUUGUCGCCUGCCCACCUGACAGCAAGAUUGGCCAAGGCCCUUUGGCUCCACGUAGUUCCUGGUUAAAGGCUAUCCCUGUUCCUGGGAAGACAGACCUGUUCUCCAGCUAAAACUUCUCCUCUCUAUAAAGCAGUUGUGUUCUCUUCACAGCAUGAGCCAAAGUAGUAGGAGAGGUGAGGAAGGCACCUGGCACCUCCUGGGCCUACACAGGAGAAACAGACAAAGCCAGAAUCAUUUUAAAAGGUAGGUAUUAAAGGAUGGCUUCUGGCUGGUGGUGGGCCCGCAACCCCGAGCCCAUGUGAGUGGACACAGGCAGGUCAAAGGGUGGGCCCAGCCACUCUUACCCUGCAAGUCUGCAGAAGGGAAGCUGUCAGUAUUCAGCCACAUUGCUGGGCUCUGCUGCAUCCCCAGCUUAGCACCUGAGCCCACCGUCUGCUCCAGAGGCCUCCGCUUUCCUUCAGGCAUUGACAUUGUAGAGCUGCCUGUCAGUGGGGGCUGGUCUAGACGCUUUCCUCUUUGCUGUCACUCAGAUGAAGCUAAGCCCCAGAUAACCCCCAGGUUCCCACUAGGCUCCACGUGGAGGCGGUUUCUAUUCUUCAGCGGACCAAGAAUGGUAUUUGCUCACUAAAGGUGGCUAUGGUUUUUAUCACUCAGACAGGCAGAGAGAUGAGCUUAGGUGGAGAGAAAGCUGAAUUUGAAGUAGAAAGGAUGGAGGGCGGGAAGUGGUGAGAGAACCUGGCGACUAGCUGGCUGGGGGAAGGAGGGGAAGGAGGGAGUUCGUGCUGUCUCCAUGCUUUCUUGCCUCCGUAACUGGGGUCAAGGUGGUGCUGGCAAGAGCACAGACGUCCAGGAAGGCCAGGCCUGGGCUUCUGCUGUGUGUAGGUUACCAAAUGUAAAGGAUUUAUAUUGUAGUCAAUAAACUAUACUUAACGUUAAAACAAACAAA